AUGGGUUAUUUACCAUUAAUCGUGUUAUCAUUUCUGCUCCCAGGAGCCCUUGCCAACGUCUACAGUUGUGCUGGAUUCGUGAAAUCAACCUCACAAAUAGAUUACUCUGAAUUGAAGGUAAAACUUCUGACGUUGGAAGGACAUUUAAAGCAUGAGGAAGAAGUGAAUCCAUCGAAUGGAUAUUUCAUGAUUCCGGUUUACAACAAGGGACAGUACACUCUGAAAGUUUCCUCUCCAUCUGGAUACUAUUUUGAACCUGAUACUAUCGAAAUCAAAAUCGAUGGCAAAACCGAUGCAUGUUCAAAGAACGAAGACCUCAUUUUCAAACUCACUGGAUUCUCAGUUCGUGGAACAGUUGAUGGAGCACCCGCUGGUCUUUCUCUCGUUUUGACUGAAAAUGGGAAACAAGUCGCUUCUACAAAGACUUCUGAAGGUGGAAAGUACGAAAUGAGCGCUCCGCCAGGCAAAUAUGAAGUAUCUACUGGUUCUGAUUCAUCUGAGUGCAUUUCUAGAGGAAAAACUGCAGUAGAAGUUAAGAAUUCGCCAGUUGUGGUCACUCCAAAUCUCAAAAUUUCUGGUUAUCAACUAGAAAUCGCCACAAAAACACAGGCUUUCCAUCCAUUCACUGAUGCAGUUAUUACACUUUAUGCGGCAUCUUCCAUUGAUCUACCAAAUGUCAAAUGUGAGACCAGCAAAGGAGCACCAAAUGUACCAAGCACUCAUAAUGUCAAAUGCUCCGUCGGAAAAACUGAUCCACGUGGACGACUGUCUGUUGCUUGUAUUCCAUCUGGAAUCUAUUAUUUGAUGGCUUCUUAUGAAAAUGGUCCAACUUCCAUCACAUUCGAUGAAAAUCCUCAAAAAAUUGAAGUUUCGCAGUCAGCUCUCCAGACUGGAUUCAUCGCAACAUCAGCAUCUGGACGUGUUCGUGUACUUGCAAAAGAUCAACCAUUAUCUGAUGUUGAAGUUCUUGUCAAUGGACAGAAGAGCGGAAAAACUGAUUCCCAAGGAUACAUUACUCUCAAAAAUCUGAAGGAAGGUGAACAGACAACUGUAACUGCAAAUGCUCCAAACACCCAAUUCAACGCAGUCCAAGUGAAAAUUCAAUUCCCAAAAGUUGAAAUCGAGGAAGUUCGUGUUCAGAAGUUUGAGAUCUGUGGACAAGUAGAGAAAACUGAAGAAGGAACACUGGAGAAGUUGACAUUCACCAGAAAAGACGAUAAACGAUCAUUGGAAAUUCAACCAAAACCGGAUGGAAGCUUCUGUCAAUCAGUCAGUCCAGGUCAAUUCACAGUCGAACCAACUGAUAAGACAUCUUCUCUGACUCCACGUCUUUUGGAAGUUGAUGUUUUGACAAAACCAGUUACGAACUUGCGAUUCACACACUUCAAAACAAAUGCCAACGUUCAUGUCUCAUGUAUUGGAGCCUGCCCUACAUCUACUAUUUCUCUCUAUCUGCCAGGACAAACUCUCGUAAGAAGUGUGAAAGGAACCGAUGUCUUCGUGUUUGAGAAUAUUGGACCAGGAACAUAUAGUGCUAGAUUGGAUGACAAUGGAAGAGGAUGUUGGGAACAAUCUGAGAUGACUUUGAAUAUUGUUCAAAGCAAGACACAACCUGCAAUUCAUUUCAAGCAGAGUGGAUUUGCAGCUCAAAUCGAAAUUUCGCAUCCAGCUGAAAUUGAAUGGUCCAGUGUUGACAAGAAACAACUCAACGGAAAAACCGAAACAAAGGGAGGAGAAGUUAUUUCAAUCUGUGUUCCAACUUCUGGUCUAUACGAUAUUUCCCUCAAUUCGUGUUACAAGUUCGACAAGCAACAGUUCAAGUUGACUGUUCCUUUUGACGGAGUUCACAAAGAAAAAGCUAUCGCAGCACGAAUUACUGGACAAAUUGAUCUGGAAAAUGACAAGAAUGGAGCAGUUUCUCUUCGUGUGAAAUCAAGUGCCGGAGACCGAGAAAUUCAAGUUUCGACAUCUGAAAAUGGUCGAUUCACAUUCGAUGAACCAUUGGCAAGUUCUGGAGAACAGUUGAUUCUUGUUCCAUCGUCAAAGGUCCGUCUCUUCGAACCAACUUCAAAAAGCAUUACCGUCACUGGAAAGUGUAUUAACAAUGCUGUGGUUUUCAAAUCAUUCCGUGGAAUUUUCUUGGACGGAUCCAUCAAACCAGCUGUUGAGAACGCUGCUGUGAAGGCUGUGUUGAAAUCGGAUAAGGAUGUGGUUAUCGAAACUGCUUCUGGCAAAGAUGGAAAAUUCAAAAUCGGCCCAGUUAAACGUGUCGAGGACUAUGAGAUCACUGCAACUCUUGAUGGUUUCAAAUUCACUCCAACUUCAACUCCAGGACAUUUCGAAUCGGUCAAACUCUCUCAACUAUCAAUCAAGGUUGUGGACGAGGUUACUAAUGAACCAUUAGAUGGUGUUCUUCUUUCGUUAGUUGGUGGAAGAGGAUCGGAUUAUCGAUCAAACAAUGUUCUCGAUACAACAGCUCAUAAGAAUUUCGUCGCUUUGGCACCAGGAGAAUACUUCGUCAGAGCCAUUCUUCAAGAAUACAAAUUCUCCCCAUCCACCUCGACAAUUUCAGUGAAAGAAGGACAGCACGAGAACGUUGUUUUGAAGGGAAAAAGAGUAUCUUUCAGUGCAUUUGGAAAAAUAAGAGAAAUGUCUGGAAAUUCUGUAGCAGAUGUUAUCGUCGAAGCCCUUUCACAAGGAUGUGAUCUUCAUCAAUCGGAAGCAACAACCAAUCCAGAUGGCACGUUCAGAAUUCGUGGACUUCUUCCUGAUUGCGAAUACCAAGUUUAUGCUAAAUCCUUCACCGAUGGAUCCCAUGCUCCACACACUUUCCCUAGACAAUUCACAGUUUCAAUGACUCCAGAAGACGUCAAAGGAUUGGAAUUCAUUGCCACAAAGACGGUCAAAACUACUGAUAUUGCAGUGGAAAUUGGAAUGGACACCCUGCCAGAAAUCUUGUCUGUUCGAGUGGUCAUCACUCGAAAUGACAACGAACACGUGAAAACUUCCAGUGUUGUUGCUCCACAACAUCUCCAUUACCUCGUGAAUCUUCCACGUGACGGAGUCGAAUAUGCAAUUCGCGUGGAACCAGAGAAGCCUCCAAACGCAUUUGCUGCAAAGACAGUCCGAGUUGUUGCUGAUCAAGCAAUGAAAGUAGCACGUGUCCCUUUGACUACAUCGAAAAGAUUGAAUGAUGUUGAUAUUAGUGUUGGAACUCUUCUCUCAUUGCCGUUCUUUGUCUCCUUGGCUUUGAUCUUCUUCAAUCAAAAUCGUGUCCUCGAAUAUCUGGAAGUCUUCCUCGACUGGGCUCGCAACACAUUCUCCCCAGCUGCUGAUAAUCAAUAUAAAAGACGGAAGUAA